AUGAAUUUGCAUACUGCUUUUGUAUAUAAUACAAGAGGAUUGAGAAUACCAAUCUCUACUUACCAAGCUGCAUUGUUCUUAAUUCAUCAAGAAAGACUUCUUGGUGCUUUAGGACUUUUCGCUGCUCUUGUUAGUGUGGUUAUUUUAAUAUUUAUGCUUUAUCAACUUUAUUUGGUAAUCACUGGCACAACAUCAAACGAAUCAUUCAAAUGGGAAGAUUUAGAUGAAAUUAUUAUGGCAGGAGAAUUUUGGGUUUAUGAAAAAGAACCUGAUGAUUCGACAAAGAAAUCAGAUGAUAAAGAGCCCGGCAGUUCGGUUGAAAAGACUUCGGGAAGAACAACGGCAGUUUAUUGGAUACAACCACGUGAUUUAAAACAACGCCAAAACAAUGAAGACAAUGGCAGAAUAAAUAAUGAAGAUAAUAACAAAGAUAGCAACAGAGAAGACAAUGACAGAGAACAUAAUGAAAAUGAAAGGAAUAGUAAGAGUCAACAAAUCGGAAGGCAGGUAAAGAGGUUAUCAGAAGUCAAAAAUAUUUAUGAUAAAGGAUUAUGGAGUAACCUUCGUGAAGUUUUCUUUCCUCCUUCUUUUAAUGAAUAA